CCGAGAAAAGUAGCGAAGACGCGCGGCGCGAGAGGCGCCGCUCAGUCGCCCGCGCCGAGCCGGACUUGGGCGGCGACGGCCCGGAUCGGCCUCCGAUGCGGCGCAGCGUGAAGAGGCGGCGGCGCCGGUCCCCGGCCGCCCAAGGCGACGGCUUUGGGGCGGGAGGAGGGGCCGCGCCGGACGCGCGAGAGGAAAAGGUGGUGUACUCGCGGUCGCAACUGUCGCUGGCCGACAGCACCAAGGCGCUGGGCGACGCCUUCAAGCUGUUCAUGCCCCGCAGCACGGAGUUCAUGAGCUCGGACGCGGAGCUCUGGAGCUUCCUCUGCAGCCUCAAGCACCAGUUCUCCCCGCACAUCCUGCGCAGCAAGGACGUCUACGGCUACUCCUCCUGCCGGGCCCUGGUGCCCGACCCCCCGCCGCCCGCCGCCGCCGCCCGCCGCCGGCCCGGCCCUCGGUCGCCCGGUCCCCAGGGGGCGUCCGCCGCCCGCCGCCGGCCCUCGCGCCAGUGGCCGGGCUCGCCGCAUCCCCGCCUCCGACUCACCGCUUUGAGAUCCAGGACGCCGUCCUUGGCUUCCUGCAGCAGCGACACGAACUUGGUGGUGAGCAGCCCCAGGCUCUUCUCGUGCCUGCUGCUGCCGCCCGCGACGCCCCCGAGCGGAGGCGGCGGGGUCGGCGUCUGUCCCGGCGGGGACUGCGCCUGGGGCCGCUGGCCCUGUCCCUGCGGCGCCGGCUGGCCCGAGCCCGCAGGCUCCCCCAAGCCGCCCGCGCCCUGCUUCGGGGGCCGCACCCUGGAGGAGAUCUGGAGGGCGGCCACCCCGACGCUGACCACCUUCCCCACCAUCCGCGUCGGCGGCGAUGUGUGGGGCGAGCGCAGCCUGGCGGCGGCGCGGCGCAAGGCGCACCAAGUGCUGCGCGUGGACCUGGAGCCCGUGGUGAGGCUCCGCCGCUUCCCGGUGCCCCGGGCGUGAGGCGCGGCCGCGGGCGCCCCCUGCGGGCCGCGGGCCUGGGCGGAGCUUCCUCCCGAGGAAGGGACAAGUGUCAGUCGAGUGUUUACAGAACCGGCCGGGAUCGCGUCCCCCAGUGCACUUUAUGCGCGGAGGAGGCCCCGACGCUUGGCCUGCGUCCCGGGACGCGGCCGCCUGCGGGCUCCGGGACAGGUGUGCUCCGUGCGCCCCGCGCGCCGCGGACCCGGACAUGGUUGGACCCGGACACGACUGGACCCGCGCCGGGCGCCCCUAGCUUCCGAACCCCGCUUGGAGACGUCUCCAGGACUUAGGGGGCAGAUCCGUUUCUCCCUUUGGACUCUACCUCACUGGUCUGGAAGUCCUCCGAAGAAGUCGUUCUUUUCCAAAGGAAUUUGUUUCGUGCUGGUGUAAUAAAGCCAGGAUUCAUUUGCUCUUUAUUCCUCCUCUUUUUUCCCCCUUCCUGACUGCCACCCCUCUUUCUGGACAGAAGAUCGAAUAUGUUUUGUGGUGUUGCACUAGUUUGUGCUCAGGGUAUUCUGAAUCCGACUCGUUUCCUAAUUUUUACUGGAUUCCAAAGCUUUGACCAAGGAUGUUUUUUAAGAGGUUCAAGCUUAUGACUGUUAGUAAUGCAACGAUUUGUAUGUUUUUUGAAUUUCAUGGGCUCAGUGAUUACGCAGAGAUGCAAAGUACAACUGUUGAAAUAUUUAAAAAGUGUUUUGAAGAAUUUUUAUAUUGAAAAUUAAUGUUAUAUUUACUGAGCUGAGAAAAUGGCAGAACGUUCAUAUAAAGUUUUGUUUAGGAAAAGUUGACUUGUUAAAUUCUUUUUGAUUGAAUAAAAAUUGAAGUGCAUUGAAACCACAUGGCUUGUGAUUUUAAAAAAUGAGGAAAUUGUGAACUGGUAUUGGUUACAGGAAUGCCUGGAAUCCAAUUUGGAGGUCCUUUGGCCUCAUGUCCUGGUCUAACAUACAAAUCCAGGGACGUUAAGGGAGAAUAAUUUAUUUUAAAAUGGAAGUUAUAUAGAAGGGGUAAAUGUUGUCAACGUUGUGAAUUAGGAUGGUAAACAGAAUACCCAUUAGAAUUCGAAGAACUAUUACAUAAUAAUCUUUGGGGUGGGGGCAUUUCUUGGUAUCAAAUAACAGGAAAGUCAUUUUGGAUAAAAUAGAUCUCUUUGUUUUUAUUUUUGGAUAACAAGAAAUGCCUGGACUAGUUAAUAUUCAUUGCCUUUAUAAACAUCAUGACAAUUUUUGUCCUGUGAAUUUUCUUUUAUUUUCUUUCAUAAAUAUGUUUGCAGUCUUUGGCAGGUGAAGGCCACAGGUAUCACAUAGGCCAGCCACAGAGUACUGACCCUUCUUGUACACUUUAGACGUAUGUACAUAGCAUUUGGCCCAGUAUGGAAUUCUUGAUUAUCCAAGUGCCUUGGUUGUUGGUGGCAGCAAGACAAUGGAUUUUAGCCAGUGGUGCCACAGCCAGCUUUUACUGCAAUACCUAAAGGGUCAAAUAGUGUUUUUGUAUCACUGUUAUUUCAAAUUUAAGUAUUCUGCCGUGGAACCUUCCAUGCUGGGCUGGAACUUGACAUGUGAAAUCCUCCAUACUAAGAUAUAUCUCUCCUCAACAGCUGCUUAGGAGAAUGAUGAGUUGCAAUUUUGACUUUUGUGUUCCUAGAAUUCAAAUGACAUAGCUUUCUAAAAUGAUUAUUUUAAGUUUAAUAGUCCAUAGUAGCAGUGUUGUGACGAAUUUCAGUGUUCUUGUUUUGUAAAAAUCUGAUAUAUAAUCAUAUAUAUUUGACUUUAUGCCAGUUUCCCAAUAAGCCUCAGAGUCUUAUUUGCUACUUAAUAAUACAUUGCCACAAACACUAUCAAUGAGUAAGAAAAAGAAAAAUUACUUAUGAUAUGGAGAACAUUAAAUUGUAGUUGUGUAACAGGAAGCUGAUAAAUACUCUUUUGGUUAUUAGCUUCCAUUACCAAUUGUAAUUCAGAAACAAAGGCUUUUCUUCCCAAAAAUGUAUUGUUAACUUUUAUAGCUAAUUAGCAUCUGAAAAAUGUAUUUGUACCACUUCACUAUUGUAUAUAGUUUUAUAACUAAAAAAUAAAUCCAAUGGCCAUAUUAGAAUGUAAUUUCAACAUAUAGCUUAUCUAGAUAGUUUUGCAGAAGAUUUUGAAAUUAGUUUUAGUUGAGAGAAAAACUUUCCUCAGCAAACAACUGAAAACAACCAGUGACGUCAUGCAUUUAUUUUAGGUGACGUUCUUGACAUUUUGUUCUCUUAUGCCUUGUUACUUUAGUGCACUUGCAUAAACGCUUCCUUGGCUUCCCUAGCUUCCUUGGGCUGUCAGUUUACUUUCUGGCUCUGAUUGCCCAUCCUAAAUUCAAGAAAAUAGUCCAUGUGGUUCAUGGACUAUUUAAAAAUUAUGCCAUUUCUAGUUUGUGAAGCUGUAAACAUAUUUUUAUUUUUGCCAAGUUUUCUUUAACAGACCCUUUGUCACGUCUAAAAUGUGAAGAAAUGUAGUUGACUAGUGUACUAAUAGGAAAGUAAAAGUAUUUUAUGAGUACCUUUGGGCCAAGUGUGAAAAGAAACUUGGCAUAGUUAAUGAGGCACCUACUUAACUGACCUCUAAAAGUCUGUAGUUUAGUUUUGUAUAGCUUUUUGAAGAAGUCUUAUGACUUUAUUUGUUCUCUUGCCUUCUCUUACAUUUCAUAUAGCACAUGCAGAAUGGGAAGCUGGGAGGAAAUUUAUCACCUUGGUAUUCUUUUAUUUAAUUUUUGACUUGAAUGCCUAAAUGUGUUGAGUGACACUUCUAAUAACCUUUUGAGAUUCCUGAUGUCUUUUUUUAUCCUCUUCUCUGACAACCAGCAACUCAGUUUUGUGUCACUAAAACCAGUAACAUGAUUGUUGAGGGCAAGCUUCAUUGUUGGUGGUGCAAAGUAUUGCUGUUGUGGUGUGUAUUUAUUUUGUCUAAGUUUGAGUAUCUUAUUGGACAAGUGUAACUUAAGCUGGUGGCUGAUACUUUUGGUUGGCGAUGUGCAAAUGAUAAUACUAUUUUUCAGAAAACUUCAAUAAAAAUAUUUCAAUACAAAAUAAUCAGAACAAUUUUGAACUCAAGUUUUUUAGUUAAGAGUUGCCACAGCACUCUUUAAAUUGGUAAUUUUUAAUGGACAUAUAUACCUAACAUCCAUUGAUUUAAAAAUAUUUUUUGAUAAACUUUUGUCUUAAGUGCAUUAGAAAGCGGUUGUUUGUAAUGGAACUGAAGUGUUUUCCUGGACAGUCUAUGUGCAUAUAAUUAAGAUUUACAAUUUGGUUGUACUUUGCUUUUUAACUUAUUAAUUGUAAAUAAAUUUAGAGAAUA